GCUCUCACGGUCAACUCCCUGGUGCCAGACAUGCCCAUGAUCGCAGGCUACACCAUCCCGAACUACGCGUUCUACACUCCGAAGAACUCCUCAGCGCGGCCGCAGUUGAGCGCUAUGACGGACUUCAUCCCCACGCUCGAGAAUCUCAAUCGUGCGUCCAAGGGCCUCAGGAUCAACCAGAGUACGAUGGAGGCGGGCUGGGACGUCAGCUUCAAGAAAAAGUUCACCGAGGGCUACAAGAAAGCUAAAGGACGAGCUCCGACGGCAGACAUCAUCUCGGGAUACAGGUUCAUCCAGUGCCGCCAGCUGAGGAUCAUGUUAGCCCACUUCCAGAAAGAUCAGGCGAAAUACUCCACCGAGUCCCCCUCGAGAAACGGCGAGCUGGAUUACGAAGCGGACGUCGAGGAACUGAACGAUGACGAGCUGCAACGGUACUUCAGCGUAAUAAAGGCCGAGACCGAUGAGGCGUAUUGCUGA